GUCUCAGCACAAGGGAGUAGAGGCAGGGGAUCUCUGAAUUUGAGGCCAGCCUUGUCUACAUGCUUCCAGGCCAGUCAGGAAGAGCUACAUAGUGAGACCAUAUCUCAAAACAAAAUAAAGCACUUACCCAAAAGGUUUUGAGAUUCCAUGUCCUGUUUCUCAGUAUGCUUCUCUGUCUUGCUGAAAUACAAGUAUAUUCACAGGUGCUUGCCUUCAAAGAUUUAGAAUCUUAAACUGAUGGAAAGGAUUCCAUCCACGCAUUUAGUCUCCUGGCCUGAGUCACUGGAGGAAUUUCCCAGUACGACUGCAUUCCUAAGUAUAGAGUUAGAACAGUAGAUAGCAUGCUUUGAGAAGGGUGGAGUCACCACGCCAGAGCAAGAGCUCAUUUGUUGGGCUUAAAAGUACCUUGACUGUAUCGCCCGCAGGUGAUGGAGGACGAGGAGAAGGCAGCGGAGAGCUUGAUGAGCAACAUGGAAGCUGCUCCUUCUCCAUCCCCUGUCCACUGCUGCUGGCUCCGCCUCCGCUACCUGGCAGCUACUAGCAUUAUCUGUGGCUGUUCUUGCCUGGGAGUCAUGGCCCUUGUGUUUGCCAUCAAGGCAGAAGAGCGGCAUAAGGCAGGCCAGUCGGAGGAGGCCAUAUACUGGGGGGCCCGGGCCCGGAGACUCAUUCUGGCCAGUUUUGCUGUCUGGUUUGCUGUCCUUGUUCUGGGUCCCUUGCUGCUGUGGCUACUCUCCUACACCAUUGCACAGGCUGAGUAACCCUGGGUGGCCUUUGCUGCGAGCCAGUCAAGACCUGGAUCCAAUCCAACAGUGCGGCGGCAGUGCUCAGUUCUGGUGACGGGAGUGGGUCGUGGGUCUUCCUGUCUAGAAGGACGUUGCCUUUCUCGGGAACCAUUGGAAGAGCUCAUCUAGGCUAUUCAAGCACCUGAGACUUCACGGGGAGGUCGGCCUGCUCUCUUCUUUCAUUACCCUCUGCUUUGUCUCCCUACCCCUCCAUCCUAGGAGCCUCUAUUCAGAGAAAGGGUUGAAAACCAGGCUUGAUUUUAUUAGAAUUUGUUUUGUAAUAAAAGCCUUUUUUGGUGGUGAAA